AUGGGCCACCCACCGGCAGACGAACCCCCAAACACCACGUCCACCACCGCCCUCCCUCCCCCCUCCUACUCCGAAGCAACCACCACCCCAUCCUACCUUCCCUCCCCAACCUCAACCCUAAGCAACGGCCUCCCCCCCGCCUCCCCAUUAACAACCCACCUCCGCGCCCUCCCCGCCCGCUUCCGCACCGCCCGCCUCGCCCGCCAAUCCGCCCAAGCCGCCGACGAGCUCGGUCUCGCAGCGCUCUUGGUACCGCAUGUGGAGGGGUUUUUGGCUGAGUUGACGGCUGCCGGUGGGGGGUUGGCGGGGUCUUCUUCGGCUUCAUUUUCGGGGCCUGCAUGGACGAGGAGGGGUACGGCGUCGGGGAUAAGGGGGGAAUUGACGCUUGUUCCGGUGGGGGUUGUGCCAAAUGGGGCGAGGAUGAGUGGGUUGGAGGAGAGGAUUGGGGAUGGGGAGGUGGUGAGGGUUGGGUUUGUGGAUGUUGCUGUUGAGGAGGAGGGUGGUGGGUUUGGGGAGAAGGGCGGGGAGAAGAAGGGUGGUACAAACAGGAAUGGGGAUGGGAAUGCGAGUGGAGGAGCGCUGCGGGAACAAGUAAACACCGGAUUUGAUGAAUGGGGCCGGUUUGAUACGCACCCUUCCCGCUCCGACAGCGACACCAACGGGUGGUGGUUCCGCGAUGAGGAUAUGGCCCGUCGACUGGCGACGUAUUUACGGCCGGAGCCGGUGCUGGAACGGAAACGGGUCCAGGCCACUGUUGUGCAGGCGAAGACGGUCGAGAAAGAAAAGUCGGGGUGGUCGCGCUGGGGUCUAGGUGGAGGGGGCCGGAAGAGGAGUACGUCGUCGGUUGGGUCGGAACAGAUGUCUCCUGGUUUGCCGUCGCCGAUAUCGCCGGUGCUGUCGAGCCCUGUGCUGUCGGCGGAGGAUGAUGCAGUGAGGAUGGCGGUUACGGCACAGGAGGUUACAUUUCGGAAGGAGAAUGACUUUGGGGUGUGGGAGAGCUUGACGGGUUGGGGGGUUGUGGUGGCUGUGAGGAUCUCUGCGUGA